GUUUCCUUUGAAGCUUUUAAUAAUAUUAAUAUUGUACAUGCUUACCAUCUACCAAUGUCGUGACACGUCUGCGAAGUUUUCAAUAUCCUUAUCAAGCACCCGCACAAGUACGGCACAUGUAUCGCAAGUACUACUUGGCUUAAUCCAAUUGCUGAAUUCCCCUUGAUUGGUCUUCCCGUGGUAACGUUGCAUUGCAUGCACACUUCCUCGCGUUUAAAAAAACGUGAACGUUGGGUGACCUCCAUGCCUUGUCUUCCUACCAUGACGUCCCAACUUGGCCCUCUCCUAACACGUUAUGGGUUCGGGAACCUUUUGGAUUUGGUCUUGUUGUUCCUCUGCCAUCUGUGUCGACACUUUUGUGGGUUACGAGCUGAAGCAGUAGCUGAAGAUACACGAAUUGUUGGUAGUGGCCCGCACAAGUACGGCACAUGUAUCGCAAGUACUACUUGGCUUAAUCCAAUUGCUGAAUUACCCUUGAUUGGUCUUCCCGUGGUAACGUUGCAUUGCAUGCACACUUCCUCGCGUUUAAAAAAACGUGAACGUUGGGUGACCUCCAUGCCUUGUCUUCCUACCAUGACGUCCCAACUUGGCCCUCUCCUAACACGUUAUGGGUUCGGGAACCUUUUGGAUUUGGUCUUGUUGUUCCUCUGCCAUCUGUGUCGACACUUUUGUGGGUUACGAGCUGAAGCAGUAGCUGAAGAUACACGAAUUGUUGGUAGUGGCCCGCACAAGUACGGCACAUGUAUCGCAAGUACUACUUGGCUUAAUCCAAUUGCUGAAUUACCCUUGAUUGGUCUUCCCGUGGUAACGUUGCAUUGCAUGCACACUUCCUCGCGUUUAAAAAAACGUGAACGUUGGGUGACCUCCAUGCCUUGUCUUCCUACCAUGACGUCCCAACUUGGCCCUCUCCUAACACGUUAUGGGUUCGGGAACCUUUUGGAUUUGGUCUUGUUGUUCCUCUGCCAUCUGUGUCGACACUUUUGUGGGUUACGAGCUGAAGCAGUAGCUGAAGAUACACGAAUUGUUGGUAGUGGCCCGCACAAGUACGGCACAUGUAUCGCAAGUACUACUUGGCUUAAUCCAAUUGCUGAAUUCCCCUUGAUUGGUCUUCCCGUGGUAACGUUGCAUUGCAUGCACACUUCCUCGCGUUUAAAAAAACGUGAACGUUGGGUGACCUCCAUGCCUUGUCUUCCUACCAUGACGUCCCAACUUGGCCCUCUCCUAACACGUUAUGGGUUCGGGAACCUUUUGGAUUUGGUCUUGUUGUUCCUCUGCCAUCUGUGUCGACACUUUUGUGGGUUACGAGCU